AUGGCUGACAAUCAAUCUUCUGACAUGGAAGUAGACGACAAUGAGAGUACAAUAGUAUCUUCGUCAAGUGCAAGUACACCUGUAUUACCACGACUUAGAGUACUGUCUCUCUUUAACGGAAUUGGCACAGGGUAUCGUGCAUUGUUGAAGUUAAAGUUUGAUAUUGAAGUAUUUUAUGCAAGUGAAAUAGAUGAAGAUGCAUUAAUGUUAACUAAAUAUUAUUUUUCCGAGACCAUUACACAAUUGGGUUCGGUUUCUGAAAUAACCACCAAUGUGUUGGACCAAAUCAUACCUAUAAAUCUGCUUUUUGGUGGUUCACCUUCCUCCGACCUAUCUGAAGACAAUAAUAAAAAAAAAGGACUUUUCGAUCCCACAGGAACUGGUAUAUUAUUCUUUGAUUAUUACCGUAUAUGGAACUAUCUAAGUCUAAAAGCUGCUAGAGAAAAGACUCCUUUUUAUUGGUUUUACGAAAAUUUGGCAAGCAUGGAUAUUGAAAAUAAAGACAUAAUUUCAGAGUAUUUAGAAUGUCAACCAAUUGUUCUUGAUUCAUUUCACUUCAACCCACAGCGACGUAAAAGAUAUAUCUGGUCGAACUUCCCAAGGAUAACAAUGUUGCCUGAUAUCCAGAAGCUGAAGUAUGUUAAUAAUGCACCAAAACUGGACGAUAAUUUAGAAAAGAAUUUAGACAGACAGGCCAAUGUAGAAUGUGUUGGAACCAUCACUUCAAAAAGAAGUUGCUUACAAGAUAACAAGUCUGGAGAUCCCGUAUGUCAAGAUGGACAAUACACAAGCUUAUUUAUAACAGAGAUUGAAGAGAUAUUUGGUUUGCCACAACAUUUCACUGAUGUUGCCGACUUGUCAAUAUCAACUCGCCAAAAACUUCUGAGGAGAGCUUUUAGUGGGCAAGUAAUUGUAGAUGUACUAGAUUUGUUAUCAGGCAAAUUUGCCAAAAAAAAAAGUGAGGAAAAGAGUGAGGAAGAGAGUGAUUUGUCACAAUAA